GCCGCCGCCGCCUUCUACGCUUCCCAUCUCUCUGCUGUUCCUUGCGCGCCGCCGCCGCCGUGAAGGAAGGAAGAGGAGGAGCGAAGAGCACGACGCGAUGGGCCACUCCAACGUCUGGAACUCCCACCCCAAGAACUACGGCCCCGGCUCCCGCGUCUGCCGGGUCUGUGCGAAUCCUCAUGGUCUGAUCAGGAAGUACGGGCUCAUGUGCUGCAGGCAGUGCUUCCGCAGCAACGCCAAGGACAUUGGCUUCAUCAAGUACCGUUGAAGAAUCUACUCUGUGUAGUGGAGAACUUCCUGGAUCAAAGAAAUGGAUGCUUCAUUAGAAGGCCUAAAUUAUGUGCUUAAGCAUUUUGUUCAGAACUUGAGACUCAUGUGCUAGUAAACUUGUUAAAAUUUUUGAUGGGUACCAUGUGCCUGUUGGACCAUCUGUAAUCAGAAGAUUGAAAUAUUUUGUUACGCUUGAUAUUUGGUGUUCUUAUCUUGUUUGUAUUGGUUCUUACAUGUGUUAUUGGUGUCAAAGAUGAAUGAUGGCUAUUACACUCAAGGAUAUUGAAGUGUGAAUGUAAUAACUUCUGGUUUG